AUCCAAGAAGACUACAAGACUUACAAAAGUUGUUGGCAUGUACGACAUUUUAACCAUCCAUCUAUAUGACCUUGUCCACCCCACAACUUGCACAACCCUAAUUUCGUACAAUAACUCACAAGUGUAUAAAAGGGGGAGGGCAAAAACUAGUGAGCAAUAAGUUUUAUGUAUAUGACCUAGCUAGGUAUAUAUAUAUAUAUAUAUGAUCACAAGUGAUACAUAUAUAUAUAUAAACCAUUAGGGUUGGUUUAUGGCAAUUGCAGCAACCAUGAGUACUAGCCAAGAUGAUCAUGAUCAGAGCAGCAACAACAAGGUGGAUGAUGACCAGCAUGAACACGAUGUCGUGAUGCCGGGCUUUCGCUUCCACCCCACUGAAGAAGAGCUGGUAGAGUUCUACCUUCGCCGUAAGGUCGAGGGCAAGCGUUUCAAUGUUGAACUCAUCACUUUCCUUGAUCUAUAUCGCUAUGACCCUUGGGAGCUUCCUGCUUUGGCAGCAAUUGGGGAGAAGGAAUGGUUCUUUUAUGUGCCUAGAGACAGGAAGUAUCGAAACGGGGAUCGACCAAACCGUGUGACAACUUCAGGGUACUGGAAGGCCACCGGAGCUGACCGGCUGAUCCGGACUGAGGAUUCCCGGUCAAUUGGGCUGAAGAAGACACUGGUUUUUUACUCUGGGAAAGCUCCAAAAGGCAUCCGAACUAGUUGGAUCAUGAACGAAUACCGUUUGCCACAGCAUGAAACCGAAAGGUUACAAAAGGCAGAAAUUUCGCUUUGUCGCGUCUACAAGAGAGCCGGAGUAGAAGACCACCCAUCCCUCCCUCGCUCUCUUUCAACCAGGGCAUCCUCAUCGCGAGGAAUGCAGCCGGAUAAGAAGCAGCUUGACGCUAUUACCCAUCCUCCCCCGGAGCAAUUGCAAACUUUUGGAGGACAAACACAGCAAGUUGAGACUGAGAAAAUGAGUGAAACAAGUGGAAGUAGUAGCAAUGAAAUUGGGACAGCUCUUGGGCUUUCCAAACACACUACUUCUUACACUGCAUUAACCCCAAUGACCACCGCAUUUGCACCACUUAUGCCAAUGGAAGAAGAUAGGAUGUUGUUGCACCACCCAAAACAGGUUCCUUCUUUGCUAAUCCCCAAUUGCACCACCAUUCUUUCCGGCACUUCUUUCGUGUCACCUAACUCGGUUGAUGAUCUCCAUAGACUAGUGAAUUACCAACAGGUUUCAAUAAAUCAUCAACAACAAUAUUACCAAAAUCAACUACAACAUCUCUCUUCUCAAUUCUCCUCCACUUUGCAGCCUCAAUCGCAGUCUAUGCUGGCUCUCAAUCCACUUCCGGGCUCAUUUCAGGCUGUCGGCUUCUCGGAUAGAUUGUGGGAUUGGAACUCAGUCACUGAUGCAACAAACAAAGACUACACCAGUCCUUUCAAGUAAUAUCCAUGAACUGAUCGAACAUACAUAUAUAUAGAUAAAAUAUUUAUAUAUAUGAUCUGCUAAUUAAUGUUUAAUUAUCAAGUGUUUAGGUAUUAGCUAAGAAGAUGACUCCUGUUGAUCAAAGCUAGCUUCAUUAGGGUUUUGUGUUUAAAUUAAAGGAUUAUCAAGUUAAUUCCUUGUAGUAACUUUUGUAUUUCAGUUCUUGAAAUUGUGUAAGCUGUAGUUGAAUUGAUGAUCAACAAAUAGUUAGUGUUGCUUAACUAGUAUUUCAAAUUAAAUGAAGACUGUCUCUUUUUUUUUUUUUUA